AAUCAAAGUGGGUCACAACCUACCCCACUGAAUCCAAAAAAACAUGUCAUUUUCCUAACUGUACCGUUUUGCGACGGUAACAAAUUCUCCUGGAUCGGCCUCUGUUCCUCCUUUCUACUCUCUCUUCUGUUCCCUCUCUCUAUCUCCUUCUCAUCCCUCCUCUUCUACUUCUCUUCUACUUCUACUCCUACUUCUACCACUUCUAUUGCCAUACCUCCUCUCUCUGUCCCUCUUACUUGCUCUCCUCCUCUAUACCCCUCUACUCUUUUUUAUCUUUACUACAUCUAAUAACUCACAAUGUCUGCUAAGUCCAUCCUCGAGGCCGACGGAAAGGCCAUCCUCAACUACCACCUCACUCGCGCUCCCGUCAUCAAGCCUACUCCGCUCCCUCCCUCCACCACCCACAACCCUCCUUCCAGACUCGCCUCUCUCUACUUCCCCGACGACCUUGCUGUGAAGGAUGUCCUUGACCAGGCUGAGGUCACCUACCCUUGGCUCCUCACUCCCGGCUCCAAGUUCGUUGCCAAACCCGACCAAUUGAUCAAGCGCCGUGGAAAGAGCGGUCUCCUUGGUCUCAACAAGACCUGGGCUGAGGCUAGGGAAUGGAUUGAGGCUCGUGCUGCAAAGGAAGUCCAGGUUGAGACCGUCACUGGUGUCCUCCGUCAGUUCCUCGUCGAGCCCUUCGUUCCUCACCCUCAAGAGACUGAAUACUACAUCAACAUCCACUCCGUUCGUGAGGGUGACUGGAUCCUCUUCACCCACGAGGGUGGUGUCGACGUUGGUGAUGUCGACGCUAAGGCUGAAAAGCUGCUCAUUCCCGUCAACCUGAAGAACUACCCCUCCAACGAGGAAAUCGCCAAGGCCCUCCUGAACAAGGUCCCCGAGGGUGUCCACAACGUCCUCGUCGACUUCAUCUCGCGUCUCUACGCCGUCUACGUGGACUCCCAGUUCACCUACCUCGAGAUCAACCCCUUGGUUGUCAUCCCCAACGCCGAGGGUACCUCCGCCGAAGUUCACUUCCUUGACUUGGCCGCCAAGCUGGACCAGACCGCUGAGUUCGAGUGUGGUACCAAGUGGGCCAUUGCCCGCAGCCCUGCCAACCUGGGCCUGGCCACCGCUCCCCAGGCUGACAAGGUCAACAUCGACGCUGGCCCUCCCUUGGAUUUCCCCGCUCCUUUCGGUCGUGAGAUGAGCAAGGAGGAGAAGUUCAUCUCCGACAUGGAUGCCAAGACCGGUGCUUCGCUCAAGCUCACUGUCCUCAAUCCCAGCGGUCGUGUCUGGACUCUCGUUGCCGGUGGUGGUGCUUCUGUCGUCUACGCGGAUGCCAUUGCCUCCGCUGGAUUCGUCAGCGAGCUCGCCAACUACGGUGAGUACUCGGGUGCCCCCACCGAGACUCAGACCUACAACUACGCCCGUACCGUUUUCGACCUCUUGCUCCGGGCUCCCAUUCACCCCGAUGGCAAGGUCCUCUUCAUCGGUGGUGGUAUUGCCAACUUCACCAACGUUGCUUCCACCUUCAAGGGUGUCAUCCGCGCUCUGCGGGAGGUCGCCACUACCUUCAACGAGCACAAGGUCCAGAUCUGGGUCCGCCGUGCUGGUCCCAACUACCAGGAGGGUCUGAAGAACAUCAAGGCUGUUGGUGAGGAGCUUAGCCUUGACAUGCACGUCUACGGUCCCGAGAUGCACGUCAGUGGUAUUGUGCCAUUGGCUCUCUGUGGGAAGAAGACGGAUGUCAAGGAGUUCGGUGCUUAAUUUCUUUCAUUUCAUGUUAUUUGUUUUGUCUAUGUUUUCUUUCUACUGUUUAAUUCCUGGGCUUGUUUCAAACGCAUGGCAUGGUACGAUAUCUUUUUCGUUUUUGUCGAUUAAAAUGAUGACUUGGUGUGGACCGUAAAUUUCUAGACUUGAGCUAGUCGAUAAUAUGAUGACUUCAAUACUUACUAUGUUUCCGAGUAAACAAAUAGCCAUG